AUGGGACCGCCAUCUGAAUCCCCUCAAAAGAAGCGAGCUGUCCACGAUGAGGGCUUGAGUUUAGAAGCCAUUCGCGAUGUUGUCAGAGGUGAGAUCCAAGGAGCGGUCACAGGCCUGUCUGACCGGGUAGCGGCAGUGGAGCGCAAUCUCCAACAGCACAAUGACCGCACUUUUCAAGCCGUGGAGACGUUGUCCACGAACCAAGCAGACCAGGCCCUGCGCAUCGCCGACAUCGCCAAUGAUACGAAAACUAUGGCUGGGAGAAUCAGCUUCCUUGAGACGACCGUGAAGAGCAUCCAGGCAUCGGGGAGUACCCCUUCGACUGCGGAUACGGGGCGAGUCCCUGCUCUCAUCAUGGGGGGAUGGCCUCCAGAAACCCAAGCCAGUGAAGUCCUCCAAAAAGCCAACGAGAUGGCCCGAGACCUACAACUGCAGCUCAACAUGUCCGAUGCCUUUGUGCCGGGAGUCCGCAGGGGAUUCGUCCUGAUCCCCACUACGCCGCAGGAUGGAGAAAAUGAUGAAGCCAUGCGCCAGCGGAUGCAAACAUGCAUUCGGCGCGUUGCCGCCGCAAAUGUCACCUUGGGGCGCAAGCCAGACGGGAAUGGGACGUGGCCCCUCUACCACAAUCUGAUCCUCAUCAACUACCUGAAGCAACUGUUUUGGGCGCCGGCCAGUACUCGGCCGUUGCUGCCCCCUUCAGAGUGGAGAAGCAACCCCUUCGGACUAGGGCAGCCACCCCUGGUCCCAGACGAUAGUGAAGCAGAGACAGCCGUCCCGAACGACAACGACGUGGUACCACAACACAUGAGUCCUGGCGACGCCUCCCCCAUCGAUGACGAUGGCAUAGCUCCGACCUGCCCGGCCAGCACAUCUCAGAGUCAGCCAGCAACUGAAGCGACGAGUGCAUCGAUCUCAGCCCCGCCAGGCAUAACGGCAGGCUCUACCUUUGACCCUGCAACAACGGGGGAAACCCCGUCGGCGGCAGCAGCAGCUCCAGCGGAACAGCCAACCCAAGAUGAUGAUGACGACUCCCUGGACGAAUGGGAGAGCGACACCGACGAUGAGCAGGCAGACACCGAGCAAGACCCCCAGCUCAACAAAAACAGGGGCGACAAGCCCCAGCGCAGACCUGCAGGCCAUGGAUCGCAGCGAGUCAAGAACAAGGCCCGGAAAUCGGACGUUAAGAAACUUUGGGAGGAACGCGGCUGGCCACGAAAGCCGGCUUGGUUGACGUGGCGAAAAGCUCUUGAGUGGCUUAAGCGCGGGGAGAUCCCGCCAAGCCGACAGCCGCGUGCCACCAUCUCCGAGGCCCAUCGAGCUGCCCUCAGCAACCUCCUCAACUCCCACCACUACACCUACGACAGUGCUGGCAAUAUCAUCCCUCAGCCACCGAACAGACAGCAGCAGCCGCAAGCCCAAGCAGCUGGCAGUUCCUCAGGGGAUCCAUCCCCCCAGCAAAACAACCCGUACAACCUUCCCCCACACCAGCGGCCCGACCUGGCCACUUCCAGCAAAGCAGCGGGGCCCAUGACGGAAGCCGGUCAACCGCGGGCCGCACAACAGAACCGCAGCCAAGCACAAAGCAGGAGUGUCCGCUUCUCGCUUCCUAGAGGCGAUGGCGUGGACAAAUACCCGGUGGUGAAGCUACCGCGGCCUCCAACGCAGGAGCCUGUCGUCGCCGACCUUGAUCCAGGGGACCUCCUCUUCUACCAACCGCCACCGCGACCCGAUGGCUCGCAAGCUCCUGAAGAAGUCGCCGGCCUCGAGCACCCAGGAAAACUUUCUGACUUGGAAGCCCAUUCGGCCAUUGCGGUCAGCCAGCGCAGAGCCCCCGAAUGGACAGCCACCAGAAACACGGAACCGAUGCGCAGCACUAUACGGACGGGGGCCAACACGCAGGAUCUUUCGUGGCUGGCGGGGGCACCCCCGACAACACUACCUCCAGUCUUUCCUCUGCGGCGACGCAGCAUACUCACACUACGUGGUGUUGCAACCGGAGCGUGGCGGGGCACUGUGACCGAUCUCCGAGCCUGGCAGUUUGCCCGGCACCCUCGCAGACUUGGACAAGAACCCACCCUCGUCAUCUACAACACUAUGUCGGGGUCGGCCCCCGGUGCAAGGCACCUACCGCAUGGAACGUGCCUUACGAUGCUACCGGUGGGACCAUGGGUUGCUUCCACUAGAGUCGAACUUGGGGCCAUUAAGACUCCCCAGCUCUGGUUGGUUAUGAUCGACGCUACAUCGGCAUCUUCCUCCAGCAGUUCGAGCUCCAACAACACAGGGGCAAUCCCCCUGACAGUGGGAAUGACAUUUUGGCUCCAGUGGAACCAAGAAGGUCAGGAAUGGCGACGAAGGCCCCGGUUUGACAACGACAUUGAGAUCCUGGGGGGCUACUCCAUCGUCCCACAGCCUGACCCGGUUCAACCUCCUCUACCACCUGAAAGACAUGACCCCACACAGCGUGGGCACCGGGGCAUAAACCCCGCUAUGAAGGCUAAAGCCAAAGCUACUGUCAAAGCAAAGCCGAAACCGAGAUCUACAACGCCGACUUCAGACUCCUCCCGGCCGAUGCCCAUUCCACCUGAACCAGCUUCAGAACAGCCGGGUCAAGCUCGAGCCGACCCCCUGCUGCAGACCGAAGAAGAAGCAACAGAAACGCAAGAUGUGCCGGGACAAUCUCCUCCUGGCCAAAGUGGCGGCAUCUCUGACUCUGAGACAAGCUGGCCGAGUGAAGACCCGCCAAUGCCGCCACCCGACCAACCGCCUGCCGACGACACUGUGCUCCUCCAGACCUACACGACCAAGUACCUGCAGCCGUGGGACAGUCAGGAUGGUGAUUCUGCCUCCUUCAUGCAGAGGGGACAGCAGGGCACCUCCCCUACACAACCAGACCAAAACAGCCCUACGACGUGGACAUCGCCAGCACUGUCCACGCAGAUACUCCAACUCCAGCAAGAAGUUUCUCGGGGGAGUACCUCGGUACUCAACGUGUUGCGGUUGCUCCGAGCGCUACUCCACGACCUCCUCCAGCAGUCGCACUUGCAACCCAGGGAAGAGGUCACGGAGCUGGCUUACCAGGCAUGUUACUACUUGGACAAGUUGCAAACAGUGAGCGAAAGCCGCGAAAGGGGAGAACACCCUGGCGCCGACUUCCCCGGGGGUGACCCCACUGCCACCACGCAUGCAGCGCCUACCGAGAUCUAUUUCGUCAUGAACAACCCCUUGGUGGAGGCCGAAGCUACGUUGAGUAACCUCGUCGUGAACCACAAAGAGCUACCAGUGCGCCAUCUAGGCAGAGAGAUAGGGCGCGUCGAAGCGCUGCUUCUGGAAGGACAGCAAAUCCUUCGCAGCUGGGGGCGUUCCCCACAAGCCCCGGGAGCUCCCGAAGGAGAUGCCAGCCUUAGCACGGCCCUCCAGAGCCUCAGUUUUAGUCACCUGGCUAUUGCAGAAGGAGGUCUGGCUAGCACGACGGAAGCCCUGACGUCGACCUGGCAUGCAGUCAGUCGGGCCAGCGCCCACAUGGACGCCCUGCUUGCCUGGAUUCAGACCAGGCUCCCCGUUUUGCACACCAGCCACCCGAACCUCGCCCUGGCCCAGCAGCUCCAGUACGUGCACCUGAACAGCUACCUGGCACAGCUUCUCGAGCAGGUCUUGCCCUUCCUUGAGCACCAGAGCGCUUUGGUGAUCCAGGAAGCUCAUAGCCUUUUGUUUCAGUGGACUACGGCAAUCUGGGGCAUGCCCAUUGUCCUGACCGCCGGGGAUAGCCCUCAGCAUGCAACCGGGGGGCAGCCCCCUUCGUUGCCGGGAUCGGAGGCGAGCACCGUCCUGCUGCCCAACCAGGCCCUUCGACCAGGCAACUUUGGACAGGAGGAAGCUCCUGAGGCCACGAUUUCUCGCGGCGGUGUGGAUCCCAUGGUGCCUACCGACAAGCCGAUUCAGAUGAAGCCGCACAACAAGCUCAACUGA